AAUUCCUUUUCCCUGCGAUCACCCGGCUUCCCGAUAUCCAAUUAACGAAUCGCCAUGACCGACGGCGAUCUCACCAUCGGCGGAGGAAUCUCCUACCCAACCCCCGACGAGGAUUUCCCGCUACCCGUCAUUCCCACCAAGCUAAACAGAACAAACUACCACCUCUGGCACCGUCGCGUAACCGUAGCCCUCACAGCCGCCGACCUAAUCGGCUACGUCAACGGCGAAAUCAAGAAACCCGCCGCCGCCACCGACCCAAAUCACCGCGACUGGGCAAGGUCCAACGCCACCGUCCUGCUGUGGCUCCUCCACACCCUCGCCGACCCAAUUGCCCAAACCUUCUACCGAGUCGAAACAGCGGCCGAGCUGUGGGAGCAACUGGAGAAGUCGUUCGGAAGACCAAAUCCAGCUCGCCUAAUCGACCUCAAAACUCAGAUCUUCACCAUCCGACAAGCUGCGACUGUGAAGCUGUGAAAGCUCUAAACAAGUAUCGGGAAGAAGAGCGCGUGGUAAGCUUCCUUAAUGGGUUGAAUGAGAAAUUUAGCACCGUCAGGGAUCGGUUGCUGGUUAGGGACCCUUUGCCUAGUUUUCGUGAUGCUUUGGACGAGGUUAGGGUGCGCGAAUUACGAGUGGAAGCAAGAGAGGUUGGUAGGGAUGGUUCGAGUGAGAGAUUGUUUUGCAGGUACUGCAAGAUGGACAACCAUGUCGUCGAGAACUGUUUCAAGUUGAAGAACAAGAGAAGAAAUGGAGGGAUACAGCGUGCACAUUGAU